AAAAGGCCCAAUAACUUUGAAACCGCAUGAUUUGGGAAACUAAAACCCUAACCAAAAACCAAAACGCGCCACAACUCCAUCAUCAAACCAGAGCAACCAUGGGUAGAGGAAGGUCACGAACUCAAAGAAAGGACUUUCGUCAAAACAGAGAAAACGUUUGGAAGCGUUCGAAACCAGAUCCAGACCCUUCCCUAUCCUCCGAAAAUUCUCAAACUACUACUCAUUGGACUCCUUUCUUGACUCAAAACCCUUCCUUUGAUUCUUAUUACAAGGAACAGUUAAUUGUUGAUCCGCAAGAAUGGGAUCGAUUCAUCGCAGUUCUCCGAACACCAUUGCCUGCAUCAUUUAGAAUCAAUUCUAGUAGUCAAUUUGCUGAUGAUAUUCGUUCCCAAUUGGAAAAUGAUUUUGCGCAUUCGCUUCGCGCUGAGGUUGCUGAAGGGGGUGAGACAGAGGCUAUUCGGCCUUUGCCUUGGUAUCCCGGGAACUUUGCUUGGCAUUCAAAUUUUUCACGGAUGCAGCUCAGGAAGAAUCAACCAUUAGAGAGGUUCCACGAAUUCUUAAAGCUAGAAAAUGAAAUUGGAAAUAUCACAAGACAGGAAGCUGUUAGUAUGGUUCCUCCCCUAUUCUUGGAUGUGCAUUCAGACCAUUUUGUACUAGAUAUGUGUGCUGCACCAGGUUCAAAAACAUUCCAAUUGCUCGAGAUUAUACACCAAUCCACAAAAGCAGGAUCACUACCUGAUGGAAUGGUUGUAGCAAAUGAUCUUGAUGUCAAAAGAUGUAAUCUUCUCAUCCACCAAACAAAAAGAAUGUGCACAGCCAACCUAAUUGUUACUAAUCACGAAGCACAACAUUUCCCGGGAUGCCGAUUAAAAGGGAAUUAUGACAGAAUGGAGUUAGAUCACAAUAUUCACCAACUGUUAUUUGAUCGUGUUCUGUGCGAUGUCCCGUGUAGUGGAGAUGGUACACUUCGUAAGGCACCUGAUAUGUGGCGGAAAUGGAAUUCAGGGUUAGGACAAGGGCUUCACAGCCUACAAGUUUUAAUUGCUAUGCGAGGUUUAUCUUUACUCAAAAUUGGGGGAAGAAUGGUUUAUUCAACAUGCUCAAUGAAUCCUAUUGAAAAUGAAGCUGUGGUUGCAGAGGUUUUGCGGAGAUGCGGUGAGUCUGUCAAACUUGUUGACGUGUCUAGUGAGCUGCCACAACUUAUUCGUCGGCCAGGUCUCAAGAGAUGGAAGGUAUAUGACAAGAGCAGUUGGUUUGUCUCUUCCAAAGAUGUUCCCAAGUUUCGUAGAAGUGUGAUUCUUUCCAGUAUGUUUCCUUCUGGAAAAGGCUACCAGGAUCUUGGUGAUAGUAAUUGUAAUGUUGACAUGGAAGACGACAUUACUAGUGUGGAAAAUGAAAAGGCUGAAGAUGUUAUCGAAGCACUAGAGAAUCCUGUGAUGGCGGAGUCUGCUGAGGAAGUUUCAGAUUUUCCUCUGGAGCAUUGCAUGAGGAUAAUGCCUCAUGAUCAGAACACUGGAGCCUUCUUCAUUGCUGUGCUGCAAAAAGUUUCUCCUCUGCCAGGUAGUCUCAUAUCUGUUCUGGAAAAACCUAGCAAACAAAGUCUUGAGGAUGCACAAGCACUGCACAUCAAUUCAUCUGAAACUACACUUGAAGAAGUCUUCAAAGCAGUUCCAGAGGAAACUGUGAAUGAUAAUGUAUGCAAUACGGAUGAUUUGGAAGAUAGUCCUCUAACACGUGAAGAACGGAAUUCUGAGGAAACUGAAGAGCCGCAUAAUGCACAAAACACAGCAGAGAAGGUUCCAGGUAAAAGAAAGCUACAAUAUCAGGGCAAAUGGAGAGGUGUUGACCCUGUUGUCUUUUUUAAAGAUGAAGCAAUUGUUAAUAGUAUAAAGAAUUUUUAUGGAAUCGACGAGGGUUUUCCAUUCAAUGGUCACCUUGUUACACGAAACCUUGAUAACAGUAAUGCAAAAAGAAUUUACUAUGUCUCCAAGUCAGUCAAGGAUAUUGUUGCGUUGAACUUCUCAGUUGGUCAGCAACUGAAAAUGACCUCGGUUGGCAUGAAGAUGUUUGAAAGACAAACAGCACGAGAAGGUGGCUCUUCACCAUGUGCUUUCCGGAUAUCAUCCGAAGGAUUGCCCCUUAUUCUUCCAUACAUAACCAAGCAAAUUAUACAGGCAUCUCCCGAGGACUUCAGGCGUCUUCUGCAGGACAAAGAUGUAAAAUAUUCAGAUUUUGCUGAUGCCGAGUUUGGUGAAAAGGCUGCAAACUUAUUGCCUGGUUGUUGCGUGGUUAUUAUGGGUAAAGGGAAUACAGUGGCAACAGAGUCCCUCAAAGUUGAUGAGUCUACAAUAGCCAUCGGAUGCUGGAGGGGUAGGGCAAGGUUGUCCGUGAUGGUCUCUGCAAUGGACUGCCAAGAAUUGCUUGCAAGGCUUUUAAUACGUCUCGGCACAGAAAAUGGCUCUUCUGGGCAGGUGGACAUAUCCUCUAAUGAUGUUGGAGGUGAAGCACAGGCUGUACAGGAGUUGAACGAUAAAAGUGAUAAUGAUUUGAAAGCUGCUGUGAGUUAGAGAGGGACUGCUGAUAUUUAAUACUCUGUUGUUACAGAUAUUUAUGUUAUUGCAUUUUAUGGAAAUGGUGAUUUUUUCCUUCACCCGUGAAAAUUGAAUGCGAAAUUUAUGUGAACCUUGCAUUAGUUACUAAGACAGUCCCUGACUCCCUGGUUCUAAAGCUUCAAUAGUACUCAUUUGUAUUAGUACUCAUACUCUAAAGCUUCAAUAGUCUGCAUAAGUUGUUUUCUGAGAAAUUUAACACUCUGUUGUAACAUACUUAUGCUAUUGCAUUUACAUAAAUGUUGAUUUUUUCUUUUACCCA